CGACGAAAAUGUCGAAAGUUGGGGAAAGCCGGUAGUAGAGCAAUUGGAAGAAGUCGACGAAAAAAUUUAAACAAGUUUAUAGCGGAUUUAGUUCUCCGAGAGAAAGCACAACAACAGGAAGAGGAAAACGAACUGGCAUUUCUAACGCGACAAGAACAAUUAGCAUUUGAGCGUAAACAAUUCGAACAAAAGCUAGAAUUUGAAACAAAGAUGAGCGAGAUAAAGGAAACUUCCAUGACGUCAUCACCCGAGAAUAGUACCAGUGCAGUUAGCAGUGCAGCGAAGCUCCCAAAGUUAGUGAUCACGAAAUUCAACGGCACACACCAAGACUGGCCUAGGUUUUGGAACCAAUUCGAAGCAGAAAUAGAUAAAUCGAAAGCGGCUGCUAUUACAAAUUUUCAUGUUUAAAGGAAUCGGUGGAGUCGAAGGUAAGGAGCUGUAUAGACGGUCUCCCAUUUUCGACCGAGGGAGACGAACGUGCUAAAACAAUCCUUAAGACCAAAUAUGGUAGACCCUGCGAAAUAGUGCAUGUCUACAUGAAAAAAAAUUAUGGGGCUACCCGUGAUCACUGGAAGUCAAGGAAAGUGCACGAAUUUUAUGAAUCUCUGGUGUAUAAUGUACAAUCACUCGAGACACUAGGGAAACUGAAAGAAAUUACUGGGUACGUUCGCACUACACUCGAUAAGUUGGAAGGGAUCUGGGGCGACCUGGUGCGGAAUGAUGAUAAUUGGCAAGAAUGGGACUUCCCAAAAUUAGUCGAAGCCUUGAGAAAAUGGAAUGAGAGAAACCCUGUACAAAUCAAAGAUCAUGAUAAUAAAAAUGAUGGCAAGUUUACUUAUCGGGGAAGGAAACAAACUGGGCAACGCGACCGAGCAUUUCAGGCAAGGCAAAGUGAAGUAAAAAGUGCGUGUGUUUACUGCGAAAAUGGAGAGCAUCGAUCAAAGGAUUGUGACACGAUUGUCUCGUUAGCGGACAGAAGGAAAGUUCUGCGAGAGAAGCACCUGUGUUUCAAUUGUACAGGUUCUAAACAUUUAGCAGUGGAUCGUAAGAGUUAAGGCAACCUGUGCAAGCUGUGGCAGAAGACACCACACAUCCAUUUGCAAUAAAGUAUCAAACCCUUUGUUGACCACACACCAUACGAAUGCUGCAGUUGUUUAUCCAGUUAGUUAUUGUCGAAGUUCAGGGGGCUAAAUACCGAGCCCUGGUGGACACAGGGGCAGGAAGCUCAUACGCCUCAGCAGGUUUGCUAAACCAUAUCAAAGCUGAACCAACCAAAUCAGAUAUUCGCGACAUUGAAAUGCUACUUGGGACUACUACAAAGAAAGUGGACAUUUUCCAUAUUGGUAUUCAAUCGGUGAACGGUGAUUUUAGUCUAGAAGCAGAUGUUACAAAGACUGCUAAACAGAAAAUGUUGUUGUUACCAAAUCCACGUUAUGAUGAAGUUUUGGAGAAAUACCAGCAUUUGGACGGGGUAGUGAUUGAGGAUGAUGAUCCGAAACAACAGCUCCCAAUUCAUCUCAUUUUUUUUUUUUUGGGGGGGGGACAGGCGAAAAUUAAGACAAGCUCGAGACAGAAAGUUGGUGUACCGGGAGAACCAGUGGCUGAACUAACCAAAUUUGGCUGGAACCUAGUAUCACUUGGACAAGAUGUCGAUUUAUCUCAAAUAUUCCUGACCCAAACAUCUUCGGUGGAAUACGAGGAACUUUGUCGAAUGGAUGUCCUAGGUCUAGCUGACACCCCAGUUGGAGAUCUAGAAGCGGUAUGUGAAGAAUUUGAAGAAUAAUUAUACAGAAGUCCAGAAGGCUGGUAUGAAUCUGGCCUCCCCUGGAAGGGAAGCUAUUUUCCAAUUGGUACGAAUGAGGUCAACAGUCAACGACGACUACGGACAUUGGUGAGUAAGCUCAAACCCAGUGGGAAAUUGGAAGAAUAUGAUAAUGUUAUAGAGAGCAGUUGAAUUAAGGAGUGGUGGAGCCUCUACCAGAAAGUCCUGAAGGAAGAGAAUUCUAUAUAUCACAUAGGGGAGUAUUUCGUGAGACUGCAGAAAGUACCAAAUUACGGGUCGUUUAUGAUGCCUCGGCACGACCAUCGAAAGAGUCACCAUCACUUAAUGACUGUCUCGAAGUCGGUCCUCCUCUGCAGAAUAAAUUGUGGUCUGUGCUAGUUCGGGGAAGAUUUCACCCUGUUUGCCUUGGUGAAGACUUGCGUAAAGCGUUCCUACAAGUGAGAAUUAGUAGUGGUAAUCGAGAUGUCCUCCGAUUCCAUUGGCUGAAAGAUAUCAACAUGGAUGAAAUACAAACUCUGCGAUUUACAAGAGCCCUCUUUGGAUUGACAUCAUAUCCAUUCCUCCUGGGGGAAGUUAUUCAACAGCACUUAGAAAGUUGGCACCCGAAGCACCCUGGUGUGAUCGAUGAGAUUGACAAACGUCUUUACAUUGAUGACCUUGUUAGUGGAGCUACUACAACCGAGAAAGCAUCACAGUUAAAAGACAAGGCUACUGAAAUCUGUCAGGAUGCCACAUUCGAUCUGCAUUAGUGGCAGUCAAACGCAAAGGAACAACUCGGGAUUCCAACUAAAGAGAAUGGUGAACUCUUUGGUCUUGACUAGAACGAGAUAAGGACACGAUAAGCAUUUCCUUCCGUCAGAGAAAGCUGAAUUGUCUAAAAGAGGCAUACUAUUCAAAAUAGAUAGAGUAUAUGAACCUUUAGGACUAGUGUCUCCAAGGACAUUAGCCGGCAAGCUGUUGUACCGCGAAGCCUGUGACCACAAGUUAGGAUGGGAUGCACCGCUGAAUGAAUCGUUGGCAAAACGAUGGGGAAAGUGGAGAACGAACUGCCGGACAGUGUUGAAGUUCCUAGGAGUCUUGUAGGAAAUCGAAAAGAUAUCCAAGAAAUUUGUCUGCAUGCACGGAGAUGCAAGUAACAAAGGAGUGGCAGCAGCCGUCUAUGCUGUGGUGAGGCAACCUUCUGGAGACACGCAGGGAUUGGUUGCAGCAAAAUCACGUUUAUCAAAACAAGGACUGUCCAUACCAAUGACGGAGUUAAUAGUAUCUGGUCACAUGGCGACAAACCUAGUUGACAAUGUGAAAACAGCCUUAGAAGGGUUUCCUGUCAGCGAAGUCACAGGAUGGCUAGAUAGCACGGGCGCCUUUGUACUGGAUCGAAGGGAAAGGGCAGUACAAACAGUUCGUACAAAAUCGCGUGCGGAAGAUCUGUGAGAAAAGUUACAUCAAGUGGAGGCACGUACCAACGGAUCAAAAUCCAGCUGAUAUUGGAAGUCGGGCAGGUUUGGGAUCCAACGAUAAGCAGUUAUGGCAACGCGGACCCGACUGGCUUGGAGCGAAAGAGAACUGAUGAAACCGAUGAAUCGAAAGCUGAAACCAAAUUAACUCGUGAAGUAUUCGCAUUAGCCGCGACAGGAAAUGAUACGUCUGUCGAUCUUCUCGGGAAAUUUGAGCUUUGGAAAACGCUGCGAAUUGGAGCAUGGGUGGCGCGGUUUGUGUCUAAUGCUAAAGUCCAUGAUCGAGAGAAGACAGUGGGUCCUAUUACGUCAGAAGAAAUUCAAAAGCAGCUAGCAUUUUGGGUAAAAAGAGUUCAAGGAAGGAAUGAAGCAACCAACACCUUUCAUGAUGAUCGGUUACGGUUAAACCUUCAAAGAAACAAUGACAGUGUAUACGAAUGUCGGGGCAGACUUCAAGGGCAAUACCCAACAUACCUACCCGAUCAAGAUGUGUUAAUUAUGAAAACAAUUCAUAGCAAACCUAUUUCUUUAAAUUAUUUGACAUUGCUAAAAUACAAGAGUUUCUAAAACGAUUGGUUCGUAUUGUAGGACAAUCAAAUGCACGUUCUCUCCUCAGGUUGUAAGUCAGAUUGUGUUUGGGUGGCAGCAGUUGAUAAAGCUUGUGGUCCGAGUUGGAUAGGUCUGGAUACUAUUGUCUUGAAAAUUCUUUCACAUACAGUAUUUUCUGACGCCUGCCUUUGAGAUAACUAAUAUAGUUAUGCGUGUUAAGAUUGUUCGUAUAAUAAGACCCAAGAGAUAUAAUUGAAAGCACUCGCUUUUGAAUGCGUUCAAGAUCGUUACAUAAACAUUUAUUAGUGGUGAAAUUCAGGUGCACAAUACUCAAGGACCGGUCUGAUGCAGGGGCGAUAAAAUUUUAGGAUAGGGGCAGGUAGAACGCUUGCACGUCUAAGCAAAAUUAGGAAAUACAAACGUUUGUUAGCCUUCUUCACGACAUAGUUGACAUGGUCAAUCCAUUCCAGUGAGUUAGACACCAUCACACCCAAUAUCUUGGCACUGCUGACUAGCUCGAGUUCUUUGGAAUUGAUGAUAGUCUUAACUGAUGUUUCACUUUCCAAAAGUCAACUAUCAUUUCCUUACUCUUGUCUUCGUUCAACUGGGGAGCUUGUUGUUUUUACUCCAUUUCUCUACAUCAGACACUACACUUUGCAUUUGACUUUGGCUAUUUCUUGGGACAACCACGGCUAAUUAUAAUGUCGUGUCGUCUGCAUACUUCAACGAGUACCCUUGCAUAGGCGUAAGGGAACGGAAAAAUAGGGGAGGGGGCAGAACGAAAUUUUCCCGACUUUUGCAUUUUGCCCAACCAAUCAAAUUCGCUGAUAAACUUCGGAAACUUUCGAAAAGCUAAAAUGUUUCGCCACAUUGCCCUAUUUUCAUGCAUUUUUUACUAUCGUCGUACAUAUUUCUUGUUUUUCAGUUUAUUUUACCCCACUUUUUCCAACUUACGUUCAACAUUUGCCAGACUGACGUUCAAAAUUUGCCCACCUUAUCGACAUUUCAAUUUUUCUUGGCGUGGGUGAGCAGGGGGGGGGAUUGUUUAAAGUCGUUAAUCAUCAAAAGAAAUAACCAAGGUCCUAAUUUCGAACCCUGUGGAACUCGAGAUGGAACUGCACCCCAUUCAGAGAAGCAGUCGUUAGACAGCUUGACGCGUUGCAGCCAAUUCGACAAAAAGUCGCAUACCCAGCGAACUACAUGCACCGCGUGGAACGUUCAGGGAAAGGAUCUUUUAACUAGGAUCCGGUAGUCGAUGAGAUCAUAUGCUUUCCUGUAGUCUAGCAACACGAACCUCACCGCUGUACUCGUCCCGUCAGUGGCAGAAGUCAAAGUAUGAAUGAUGGAGAUAAGACCAUGCGUAGUAGAUGAUUUUGGGAUAGCGCCAUAUUGGUGGAGAUCGAUGAUCUCGAGGACAGAUAAUAUGUUAGGAUAAAUCUUCAGUUAGUGUCAUAGCGAGCAGACGUGCGAAGUUAGGGUCAUAGCAAGCGGACGUGCGAGGUUGAGCUGCGCCUAAAUUCGGAAAUUCAACGAUUAAACUAUUGAGAUUAUGGCAGAAGUUUUAUGUUAAACUUAAAGGCUAAUGGAGAGAAGUUUAUCUGGGAUGGUACGUUAGAUCACAUGAAGAAAUUCGUCUCAGACGAAUUAAAACUGUUGGUGAAAUGGAAAUCGCCUGGCGGUGAAACCAAGCUAUUCACAAGCGGUUUGGUGUGCCUAAAGAUCUAAAGUGGCAGGGUAAAACAAGUAAAUGGAUUACGGUUUCUGGUAGUUCCAUUGAGGUGAAAGAUGUAACCGAGCAGCUUACAUCGAUGUGUGAAGUGGCGGCCAUAGACUCAAUCAACGUUGAUGAAUGCGGUGUUGACUCGUCGAAAUUGUUGUUACAGGUAUGCUUAACAAAACCAAUCUCACUAUACCUAUAUGAAUGAAUGAAUGAAUUUAAUUUGAUUUGACACCAACAUUACAAAAAAAAAAAAAAAAUAAAAAGAUUGUAAAUUACAUGCAUAUACUGUAUAUAUAAAUAUUAUAGAACUGUUAUAUAAUAGUUAGAUAUUUAAAUAAGAUAGAUAAGUUAUAUAAAUAAGUAUAGUUCGAUAAAUAAAUUUUGUUCAGUCAUCAUGUUGGUGACAAGGAAGCCUAAGACGAAACCACAAGGCUUAUAGAAGUUUAGGCUCCCUUUUAAAUGAGCACAACAUAUAUAAACACAAAGGGGAAUCAGACGUUUAGAGCAUAUGAAAUUAUUUUACCAGUUUCAUAAUAUAAAUGAUGGCUAUAUUAGAUAUUUUAACAUUCUAUUCCUGAAGCAACUUAAAGUCUCUGAAUUUUUAAUGUUUUCCGGAGGGGAAUUCCAUUUUUGGGGUCCUUGGAACAAAAUAGUAAACUUCUUUAUGUUUGUACGACAUGUAUGAGGUCGAUAUGCAUUUGCAUUUCUAGUGUUGUAAGAGUGCAUGUGGCGACUAGUAAUGAAAAUAUUAUGAAAUGAAGAUGGAAGUAAAUUAUAAUGAUAGCAAUACAUGAAUUUAACAAUGUAUAAGAAAUUAAUUUUAUAAAUAUCAAGCAGAUUCAGCCGAUAAAACAGUGGUGCAGUAUGUGCUGUAAAGUCAGCGUUUGUCAAAGCUCUAACAAGUCGUUUUUGGAUUAAAAAUAAUCUUUUUACAUUUGUGACAUAGGUAGAAGACCAAAUGACGGCAGUAGGUCAGAUAUGGGUAGAUCAAGGUAUAAUAUAGGGAUAAUUUAGUUUUCAUAGACAAUAGAAAACGUGAUCUAUAGAUUAUGCCGGUGGAUUUUGAGACUUUUUUUCAGAUGUGAUCAAUAUGAAAUUUCCAUGAAAGAUUUUCAUCUAUAAAAACUCCAAGGAACUUGACCACUCGUUUUUGCGUAAACUUAUUUUCAUUAAACAUGAGCGGUAUCAUAAUAGUUUUUAAUUUCUUUUGUUUUGGUUUAAAAAUAACGUAGUUUGUUUUCUUGGUAUUAACUGACAAUUUAUUCGCCUUCAUCCACAAGCUAAUACUACUCAAUUCUUGAUUUAAGACAGUAGCUAACACAAGUGGAUCAGAAUGUGAGUAGUAAAUACUUGUAUCAUCUGCAAAUAAUAAUGGUUCCGCUAAUCGCAAGGCAUUCGGAAGGUCAUUAAUAUAUAGAAUGAAAAAGAGUGGUCCUAAUAUGGAACCUUGAGGAACGCCACAUUGAAUAAUCUGUUUGGAAGAGGAAACAUCAUGCUGUACAAAUUGUUCACGGUUUUCAAAAUAGCUUUUAAUCCACUGUAACGCCACACCACGAAUGCCAUAACGUUCAAGCUUAGAAAACAAUAUUUGGUGAUUUAGUGUGUCAAAUGCUUUAGACAGAUCUACAAAAACACCGGCUGUAAUUUUAUUUUGAUCGUCUAGCACCGAACAUAAAUUUAUUAAAGACAAACUCAGCAAUAUUGAGGCUGAAGUCAAAUUUCUGGAUAAAACAUUAAGCUUGACUAAUGAUCUGAACAAUCUAAAGAAAUAGUGUCUAGACAAUAGUACUGAAUAUGUGAAUAGUUUACGGCAUGAAAACACAAGUCUCAAGGAUGAAAUUCGAGCCUUAAAGGACAGUCUUGCAAUAUCCAAAUUUGCUUUAUCUGACUUAAACACGAAAGUAAAAGAACUUGAGAAUGAAAAAGCGUGCUUAACAACAUCCUUGAUUAGCAAUGCUCCCAUGAGCAUUAUUUUAACAAACAAGAAGUGGCUGCCUCAACAGACAAUAACUGUUCAUAUGUCAAAUAUUCCUUGGCUUCUGUCGAGUCCCACACUAGCCAGAACAAUGAAACUAUUCUUAUUCCCGAUGACGAGACUAAACUUAGUAAAAAAAAAUAAAGCGAGAAAGUCUGCGAGGGGAAAGAAAACCCCUCAGAACCUCGACACAGACGAAAAUGAAAAGGCUCAAUCGCUCCCGCGAGUAUCAACAGAAAAUAGUCGCCAGAGCGAUAAUAGUUCGCCACGCAGGAAAAAAGUUGCCGCUGUUAUUGGCGAUUCAAUUAUAAAGAAUGUGCAAGGGUGGCGACUUUCUGACAGUAAUAACCAUGUAGUAAUGAAAAGCUUUGGUGGUGCUAAUAUUUCUGAUAUGGAAGACUACUGUAUUUAA